GGAGGAGGAGGAGGUCAAAGUUCAACCUUCGUAUAAGCGAACGAUAAAAGUGAAAAAGAACGAGAAGGGAGACGAAACGGAGCGAGAGGGUGAGAGAGAAGAGAGAAAAAAAAGGGAGAAGCAGCAAGCAGAAGUUGAUACAUCGUUGCUAACCCAACCACUUACAACACGCUAGAUUAUAGAAUACACAUAUAUAUAUAUAUAUAUAUAUAUAUAUAUAUAUACAUACACACACAUAUAUAUAUAUUGUAUAUAUCAGAUAUACAGCGAGAGAGGAUAUUGUUUGCUCUCGUUGACUUCGAACGUAGCGAGAGGCUGCUACUGCGAAAUAAAUACCGUGUCUGCCAAACGUGGAGGAUCUAGUCGAUCCGGCUUUGAGUCAGCGAGAUUUAUCACUCGGUAUGAGAUAAGGGGAAAGGGGAGGAGGACACAGGGAGGAAAGAGGAGACAUGGAGAACGGAGGGACAGAGGGAACGGGUCAUAGAGUUUAUCGCUAAGGCAGACAAUCAUGUGUCUCGAAUGCAACACAAGAGAAAACUAUAGAAACUGAUAUAUAUAUAUAUAUAUAAUAUGCAAUGGACUUUGUUAUUGUUAUUGUUUUCGAGGUCUUCGUUGGAAUAACAACAAAUGCUUAAUUGUUAUUGGAUCAAUAUUAAUUGUAUUUUCCAACUGAUCUUAUCCUAAAGAAAAUAAUUAUUUUGGUGAUUGGAAAAGAAAAGAGUAAAGAGGAUAAAGAAGGAAGGAAGGAGAGAGAGAGAGAGAAAAGAAAGAAAAAGGAAAAAGUAAAGAGAGAUACUUUACAGAAUCGUACAGUAUUUAAAAGUACUUCGAAAGUAUCGUUCUUCUGUCUUCUUGCGUGUGUCUUUCUCUUUCACUUUUGAAUGAAUCUUCGGUGUAUCUCUUCUUUUUCUUCUUCGUUUUCUCUUUUUUUUUUUCUUUGAUUCUUUACUUGCUUUUUUUGUCUUCUUCUUCUUCUCUUCUUUCAAUUUAAGAAGUUCGAGAGUUCGUUGAUCGACGGUGAACUUAUAAAUCAACAGCCAGCUGGUUAGCUUGAUCCGGAAUAUUUCAAAGUUUGCGAUCGACAUCAUCGUUAAUGAUGUUCUAUCUAAAUGGAAGAUUAGCCGGUGGUGGAACUGCUAGGAUCGAUCGAUCACUAUCAAACGAGGAAGAUGAAUUUGGUUGGUUCGUUGGUGACGUUGAAUAUAAUUCUUCCAUGGCAAUAAACGUGAGUAAGGAUUGUCGUUCCUCGAACUCGUCAACUUCUAUGUUAUCCUGUAUUGAUUCUGACGAGGCCGACGCUUACACCUUCGCAUCUGAUUAUUCGAAAAAUUCUGAAGAGGAUGAAACCUCUGAAAAAAUAGAACUCUCCAAUUUAACUCGUCCUAAGGAAUUGGGCAUCGAUUUUAUUAAAAACGAUGCUCGCAUUAAUAAUCCGGGUAUAACAACAACAAGAACGACGAUGGUGAUGACAACGAUGACGACGACGAUGACGACGACGAUGACGACGACGACGACGACAGCAGCAGCAACUGCAGCAACGACAGCAGGAACAGUAGGAGCAGCAAUGACAACAACAAUAAACCCAACAAAGGAUAAUGAUUUCCACGAUGAAUUAGCAGGCGGUGAACCGAUAAUUCAACAAUCACGAGCCAUGUGUUAUACUCCAGAAAGAUUGGUGAGAUGCGAGGAAUAUCGGAUUUUAAUUCCGUCCCCGCGAUUUCUCUCGAUAUCUCGGUUCACUUCUGAAAAUGAAAAUGCACGUAAAACAAGGCUAACCAAAAGACGAUUGAAUUAUCUCAUCGAUUCGAAACAAAUUGGUGAUCCACGUUUAAGAGCUAUGCUCGAGUCAUUCGAGGAUAAUGAAGAAAUUCAAAUAAAUAUGAGGAAUAAAUCUAACGUCGAGGUUAAUACGACGGACAUCCUUCGGGAUGACGCCGUGCUCAAGAGGAUGCAAUCGACCGAAGCUUCGAAAUGUUCGAUAACGGAUACGAUCAAUAGCAAUAGAUCGAGUUACGAAGGGCUAAGUGUUACCUGGGACGAUUUAAAGAAACAACAACCAACGCGUCGAUCAUCUGUCGAAGAUACUUCUGGUAUUCAAAGUAACGACUGGAGUUCCGAAACACAAAGUGAGACACAAAUGAAUCCACUUUAUCUCUGUGACGAACUCGCUCUGACAUCCAGCGGUGAUUGUGCCAGUGACUUUGUCCAGGUACGAUCUACAGCGAUAAACGAAGUUGUAUCGAUCCUGCAGGAACUCGAAAGUAAUCCAGAAAGGGCUCGGAUCCUUUUGGACGACGAUCGUUUCUGCGACAAAAUCUCUUCUCACGAUCAUUUAACAAGAUUGGCACUUACCAUCGAGACCGAUGGAAAUGUACCACCUGUACUUGGAGAACCAGAGAAAUCUGUCCAUUAUCUUCGAAAACGUGUCGAGAAACUUCAGGAUGCGAGUAAGGAUAUUUUCAAGGAUAUUUGUGAACUUAGAAAGGACUUUGAGUACGAGGAAGAGAAGUUGCUUGAUUUAUCGUCGGACGCAACGAAAUUGAGACAGGAUAUACACGAGGUCAAAUGCAUCGACGAUCUAUUAAGGCUUUUACGUGGUGAACUUGAAAGAAUAUCGAACAGGAAUUGGCCAUUUUUACUCGGUCAUAAUGAACAACAAGAGGAAAUGAAUUUAGUCGUUUAAAUUUUCCCUUCGAAAGAAUUUCCUCGAUUAAUAUCGAUUAUAUUAAAAGAAAACUUUUCGAAAAGGGAUCACUGCCACAUACAAUCGUUUAGUAUAUUUCUUUUUCUUUUUCAGAAAAAAAAAAGAAAAAAAAGAAAGGAAAAAAAAAAAGAAAAAAAAAUACAAAGGAUUCACAAAUAUA